UUCUUCCGGGACUUGUCCGGCGUCGACUCAAGAAUUGAAAAUUUCUUUUUCUCACCUAUCCUUCUCCUUGGUGUGUCUGCCUGCCUAUAGGCGUCAUGUUUUUGCUGAAUGCGAGUCACAAAGGCACGUUUUUAGGAAAGAGUUCCCUCAAAAGUCUCAUGUGCAUGCGCAAACCGCCGUCGAUUGAGUAGCUGUCGCGGCAGCCAGGUGUCGUGGCAGCUUUACCAGCUGCUUUUUUUCGCCCGCGUUUCUUCCCCAUUAAUUUUCCUCUCAACUCCAGAAACGUCCUCAUGGAGCAAACCGCGCGGGUUCCUCUUCCGACGGAAGGGAAUGCGAGCGUUGACCCGCCUGCUGAGGCUCCUGGAAUUUUCGCGCUGGCUCCCUUUCCGCUGUUUUUCUCUCGCCUCGAAGCGACGCUGUGCAACUGCCAAGACUCUCUGAGGUGCACAGGAACGAACAGAGGAAACCUUCAAUUCGAGCAAUCUACUCCUCGCGCGUCGAAGAAAACGCGACAGAAUGAAGCCUGCUCUGCCGCCUCGCCGUCGGCCGCUUCGCCUUCGGUAACUUCCUCAUGGCGCCGAGGAGAGUUUCAAGCAGGUUCCACGACUGCCUUGCCCUCAGAGAGCGCAGCGAGCAGCACAGACGGACAAGCGUCUCCCCUGCAAGCUCGCGGAUCCCGGAACAUACCUCAAGAGACAGGGCGAGCGACAGAAGUUGCGGAGUCCGGCUCCCUCGUGUCGCUCUUCUGUUGCACUCGGUGGAAGCACUUCAGCCACAGAAAGCGGACAGAAGACGGCAGAGGGCAGCGGCCAGACGGAAGUCUUUCGGAGACUGUGGUGUCUGGAGAAAACAGAAGAGAGCCGCGGAGAAGCGCCGCGACGGGAAGCGGCGUGGUGUGUGGCCUGUUGGCUUUCGAUGGCUGCGAGUUCCUCGAGGGCCGUCUGCUGUACAGACACCUGAAUCCACAUCUGUCUUGGAACGCUGAAACAUGGGAGAGGCUCUUUUAUGCUCUCACGAAUCCAACAUGGUCCGUCGGCGACAGCGGCGUCCCCACAUCGGCAGGUCCUUUGUCUCCUGUCUCGGUCUCUCGACCCCGCACAUCGACGCCCGUUGCUUCGCCUUCAGUCCACUCUGACGUGACUCUCUCAAGCUCGCCUUCGGAUCGAGCGUCGAGCGUUCGGCUGCUGCUGCACCCGGUGGAACCUGGGGCGUCUGACGAGGAUGUCUCUGAAAGGUUGUCUGCCGAGAGGCGAAGAUCGCGGAGACCCACAGCAGGCGGCGGAGACUGGCGAAACAGGGGAGAGCAGAACGAGCUGGACUCCGCAACAUCCCUGAGUGUCUCUUCUCUCCGUCAUCCUCAGUCGUGCACCCCCGGCAAUGCGCUGUCACCUGUCAGGACUCCCAACCGUCUUCCCUCAGCCUCUUCUUCCGUUUUCACAACUUCCUCUCCGACUGGGUUCUCCGUGUCUUCCCUCGCUGCACUUUCACGCGAACGUGAGUUUACAACCGCGCCUGCAGAUCCGGCUUCUGAAGCUGUUUCGCAGGCGGACUCGCGGCGACCCGCUCGGGGUGUACGUACACCGCAGACGUACGCCUUGUCGCUAGUCAUGGGCCUCAGCGACGCGUCUGAGGUGUACGUGCACCUGACCGCCCCGAUCCGCCUGCAUGCGCUGCCUGCCGCGACAGGAACGACGAAGCUUUUCACUGCGUCGCUGCUGCUCCAGCAGCUUCAGCUCCAAGAGCAAAAGCGGCUCUUCGAUUCUUCGCACAAGUGCGCCGCUGCACUCGACGCAUGCACGGCCGAGCUCGCCGAAGCUGCUGCGACUCGCGAGCGCCAGCAGCGCCGGCUUCUGCGCGGCAUGUGCCUGCUUCUGAAUUCGAAGAAAAAGCGACUUCGCGAGCUAGAGCGCGAACUCGAGGACCAGAUGAAAAUGCAUGCAUCCUCGGGACACCCUGCGGCCUCUGCGGCGUCCUCGGGGCUGAACAAGGAUGCAAAAGAAACUCCGCUACAUCGAGAAGCGAGCUCGAAAGAAGGAUGUGAUGACGAGACAGACCGUGAGGAAGGCGCAGAGGUGGCGUCGUCCAAGAACGGACGAAUCAGGGGAGAGGCGGGGUUCCACCUUGCGUCUUCGCAGGUGGAACCAUCAGGACUCAAACUCUCCGGUCGGGCCGACGGACGGCAGGAACGGUGGGGAGGGCCUGAACGACGACCCCCUUCGCUUUCCGGGGAAACAACGUCUCGCCAGGUGCUCCCUGAGAGGAGCGAGGAGAAUCCGACAACAGACGCAGGACCGCCAGGAGCAGAGUCGCAUGGAGAGGACAGCGAGCGCGAGACUGUCGCAGAAGAGGACGAAGUGGACGAGUGCCUCCGAUGGGUGGCGCGGGAGGUGGGCUGGCGACCAAAGAAGCGGAAGCUCGUGAACAUGAAGAAACACGAGGACAGAGAGGAACAGGGAAGCGCGGAGGGGCGAGAAGAGAACGCGACAAGAGUGGCUGAGGAGACACAUGGGCAACCCGUUCCAAACGGGGACAGCGAAAGCGGAAGUAGUCAACAGUCAACGGAGACAGGCCCCGGCUUGGAGGGACGCCGGGACGCUCCCUCUAGGUCCGGCGUACGCGCUCUGGAUGUCUCCACGUCGAGUCCGAUUUCCGUCCUUUCCUCCGAGGCGAGCUCCUCGCCUUCUCGCGCCGCGCCGCCUGCUCGGAGUCUGCAGUCGGAGGGUAUGUUGGAGGUGAGAGACAAGGACAAGUUUGCGGCUGCCUUUGCGUUAAUUGACGUGAAGAAGGAACCCGCGAGUGAGAGCGAGGACGUGCAGCUAGCCGAAGCUGGAGAGGAGGAAGACCCCCCUGGGGUCCGGGCAUCGAGAGCUCCAACGCGUCAGCUGCGCUCGCGGAGAAGGGAGCGACGGCGCGUGGAGGAGAGUGAAGGAGAAGCGUCUGGUGGCGAGAAGGAGGAUCAGCCCCGGGAGGCAGGUCUGCCGCCACAGAGCGGAGCAAGGAAGAGGUUGAGGUUGAGGCGGAGGCACUCAGCGAACGCGUGGAGAGAAGCGCGUUUGCCGAGUUUCGCUUCCCCGGGUGGGUUGGAUGGUUCGCGGAGGAACAGCCGAGAGAGCGAGAACGCGACCGCGGGGCCACCAGAAGAAAGCGACAGUUUAGAGGAAACGCAGUGUCUGGGAGAGACACUCGAGGGGAACUUGACAGAUGGAAACAGCCACGACUCUGAAACGAAGAAAGGUGGAAGAAGGCCGCGCAGACGCAGGGGCUAGCGCGAGAGAGAGAGAGAACCGAAGACACUUUUGUCGAAUCGAGGAAGGAAGGGUCGAAGGAGAGGAAGCGAGUGAACAAGUUGGCAACAGGCAAAGAUCUGGCUCUUCCGCACAAAUGCUUCUCGGAAAAAAGCAGUCAAGGAAGGACGGGAGGAGCACCUGCAAGUCACUCGGUGGCACAGGAGAUCACUCGUAGAGGUUUUCGCGCGCAACUGCACCUCAGACGGAAAGAGACGGUUCGGUUCGCUGCUGAUUCAAUCGAGCAGCGUCGAACUACGCACUGAGGGGGGAACAAGGGGGGAGGGUUGUCAGGGGGAAAGCCUGAAGUUCCGAGGCGCGAACUGCGUGGCAGUGCAGAUGCGCCGGAGACUCGUGUUUGCCUUAUGUUUCAGCGCACAAAGAGACUCGAAACAGAAGAGGGAAGAAACGACGGAAGUACCGGAAUGGGGGGAAUGAUAAAAGAGUGAAAGGACUGUUUGGGUUCAUAAAAGAGAACGCAGACCAAGGCGCAUCGGCGCCCGCCACGGACAGGAAAAACAUUUGUGCCAGUUGCCAUUGCCCGCCUUUGUGUGAAGAGAAACCGAUAUUUCGAACGACCCAGUCGCCGCGUAUAACUUCGGGGGCGUGGAACACUGAAGAAAUCGAGGGAGGUAACCGCGUAAUUCUGCUUUUGCGACGUCGGCGUUUCUCGCUGGCCACAGCACUCCGUGGAAACCAAGUGGUGUUUCAACCUGCUUGUGUCGAAGUUGCCACAGUAGUGGUUUUUGUCGCGAGAAAAUUCUUCUGUAACGCGGGGUGUCACCGGCGUUGCGCCGAAGAAGUGCCUCUCGAAGCCGUUUCACAGAACUGGAAUUUAGAAGAUUCUGGCAAUCCUGCGGCUAUCUAUUCUUGUGAGUGAGCAGUCGAAAGAAUGAGGUGGAUUUAGAUUUCGAACGGCCGUCUUGCUUCUGACGAGGAAGACCUUUUCCAGUCUCAAGUACACACCAACCCGACAACUGCCG